AUGGAUGAAAAACAUAAAGCUUUUAGAAAACCAACGACAGGUGUGAAAGCAGAACGACGAAAGAAAAAGAAGAAAGAAGAAGAUGAAGGAGAUAAUCAACAAUCAUCAUCAUUAAAAUCAUCGAAAUUAGAAGAUGCAAAACGACGAAAUCCAAAAGCAUUCAGUAUACAAAAUCCAAUAAAAGCACAACAAGAAUUUCGACGAACACAAGAUCUUAAAGAAAAACGUAUUCAUUUACCAGAAGUUGAUCGAACACCACUUGAACCACCACCAGUUGUUGUUGCUCUUGUUGGUCCAUCACAAGUUGGAAAAAGUUUAUUAAUGAAAUGUUUAAUUAAAAAUUUUACGCGACAAAAAUUAACUGAUAUUCGUGGACCGGUUACAAUUGUUUCAGGACGAAAACGACGUAUUACAUUUAUUGAAUGUCGAAAUGAUAUAAAUUCAAUGAUUGAUGUAGCUAAAGUUGCUGAUUUAGUUUUACUUUUAAUUGAUGCAAAAUUUGGUUUUGAAAUGGAAACAUUUGAAUUUUUAAAUAUUGCACAAGUUUAUGGUUUACCACGUAUUAUGGGUGUAUUAACACAUAUGGAUUUAUAUAAAAAAAUGAAUAAACAAUUAAAUAAACGAAAAACACAAUUAAAACAUCGGUUUUGGACAGAAAUUUAUCAAGGUGCUAAAUUAUUUCUUAUGUCUGGAAUGAAACAUGGUGAAUAUAUUCAACGUGAUGUUCAUAAUCUUGCAAGAUUUAUUUCUGUUAUGAAAUUUAAACCAUCAACAUGGAAAACAACACAUCCAUUUGUUGUUGCUGAUCGUAUGGAAGAUCUUACUGAACCAGAAUUAAUUCGUACAAAUCCAUUAUGUAAUCGUACAGUAUGUUUAUAUGGUUAUGUACGUGGAUGUUGUGGAGAUUAUAAAUUAACGAAUAUAUCAGCAUUACCAGAUCCAUGUGGAUUACCGGGUGAUCGUUCAACAAAAACAAAACAAGCUCGACGUGUUUUAAAUGAAAAAGAAAGACUUUUAUAUGCACCUUUUUCUGGUGUUGGAGGAAUUGUUUAUGAUAAAGAUGCAAUUUAUAUUGAAUUAGGUGGCUCACAUUCACAUCGUCCAUCAAAUACUAAUGAAAAAACAAGACCAAUCAACGAAUAUGUAGCUAAUAUAUUAUCAACAAAACAGACGAUUGAAGAAAAAGUAGCAUCAAGUCAAUUGAAAUUAUUUGCUGAUAGUGAACCAGUCAUAGCUGAAGAUGUACAAGAAACAGAAAGAAGAAGAAUGAAAUUUGAAACAGAAGAUGAUGAUGAAAAUGCUUCUGAAGACGACGAAGAACCAGAAAACGACGAUGAUGAUGAUGAACAAGAGGAAGAUGAUGAAGAACAAGAGGAAGAUGAUGAUGAUGAACAAGAACAAGAUAACGAUGAUGAAGAAGAAGAAGAAGAAGAACAAGAAAAUGAUGAUGAAGAAGAACAAAAGGAAUUUGGAAACUCCUGGAAGGAAAAUAUAUCAAAAAAAUUUGCUAUUAGUUAUGUUCCUAAUAAAGCAAUCAAUUGGACAAGACUUGUUUAUGAAAAAGGAAAUGAAGAUGUAUUAUCAGAAGAAGCGGAUUCAAAAAAUAAUAAUAAAGAAGUUGGAGGAUUGUUUAGUAUAUCAAAACGAAAGACAAUAAAUGUAAAUGAUCAAGAAGAUUAUACAUUAAUGAAACAAAAUGAUAAACAUAAUUGGAAUAUUGAUAAUAUCUCUGAAUUAAUUCGUGAUUGUUUUGUAACAGGAAAAUGGGAGAAAGAAAAAGAUGCAGCAAAUUUACUUGCAGAAGAUGAUGAAAUGGAUGAUGAUGAAGAUGUAUUUGGUGAUUUUGAAGAUUUAGAAACAGGUGAAAAGAGUACAAGUGAAAAUAAUAAAAUGGAUUAUGAUGAUGAUGAUGAAGAUGAAGAAAAAGAUCCUGAAGACGCUAAACUUCAGAAUAAAAAAGCGAAAUUAAAAUCGCAAUUUGAUGCUGAAUAUGAUCAAUCAAAAGAACCUGAUUCAAAAUAUCUAGAUGAACUUAGAAAAGAAGUUGAUAUUCAAACAAAAUUAAAUCGAUCAGAAUUUGAAAAUAUGCCUGAUGAUGAGCGUGUUCAAUAUGAAGGUUAUCGUCCUGGAAUGUACGUUCGAUGUGAAUUAACACAAAUUCCAUGUGAAUUUGUUAAUACUUUUGAUCCACGUUAUAUAGUCAUUCUUGGUGGAAUGCCUGUUACUGAAUCUCAUACAGGAUAUGUUCAAGUUCGUAUGAAAAAACAUCGAUGGCAUAAGAAAAUUUUAAAAUGCAAAGAUCCAUUGAUUAUUUCACUUGGUUGGAGACGUUUUCAAACAAUUCCAUAUUAUUUUAUGCAAGAUCAUAAUAUGAGACAUCGACUUUUGAAAUAUACACCACAACAUAUGUAUUGUCAUGCUAUUUUUUAUGGACCUCUUACACCACAAAAUACUGGUUUUGUUGCUGUUCAACAAAUAGCUGGACGAACGGAUUUUCGAGUAACAGCAACUGGUGUUGUUAUUGAUUUAGAUAAAUCAACAAAAAUUGUAAAAAAAAUCAAAUUAAUUGGUACACCAUAUAAAAUCUUUAAAAAAACCGCAUUUAUCAAGGGUAUGUUUAAUACUCCAUUAGAAGUAGCGAAAUUUCAAGGUGCAUCUAUUCGAGCUGUAAGUGGAGUACGUGGACAAAUAAAAAAAGUUGUUAAAGAACAUCCCGGUGCGUUUCGUGCUACAUUUGAAGAUAAAAUUCUUCUCAGUGAUAUUAUUUUUCUUCGAGCUUGGUUUCCAUUACAAGUACCAAAAUUUUAUACUCCUGUAACGAAUUUACUAAUGCCUAUGGAACAAAAAGAUCAAUGGCAAGGAAUUCGAUCUGUUGGUCAACUUAAACGUGAUAAGAAUAUUCGUAAUGAACCGAAUGUUGAUUCUCUUUAUAAACCGAUUGAAAGAAGAGAACGUGUAUUUCGUCCAUUAGUAAUUCCAACACAAUUACAACGUGAUUUACCAUUUCAUCUUAAACCAAAAUCAGGUGAAACAACAACAAUGAGAGAUCCAAUUACAGAAAAACAACGUGUUGCUGUUGUUCUUGAACCAGAAGAGAAAAAAAUGACUGAUAUUAUGAAAAUGUUUACAACAGUCUAUAAAGAUCGUUUGAAAACAAAACAAAAAACUCAAGAGAAUCGCAAUGCUCAAUAUAAGAAACAACAAAAAAUACAAGAAAUAAAACAUCUACAAAAACAUAAGCAAUUGAAAAGAGUUGUUUAUAAAAAACUUGGUCAAAUGGAAGGAAAAAAAACGAAUAGAAAUUCUCGUUCAAAAAAGAACGAUAAUGUUGAUGAAUAG